UACCGGUAUCUGUCUAUAGACCCGCUUCACUGUCACAGUCUCACUCUCAGCUCUCCGAUCAGCGGUCUGUCCGCCCGCCACCGAUACAGACAUGAGUCCGUGGUUCCCCAGCGCCUUUCGGGCUCUCGCUGCGCUGUCCGCGCUCUCCGCCGCAGACGGUUAUUUCUAUUAUUUCCAACACGAAUGCCGCUACAGCUCAGCGGACCUGAAGGACACGGAGUAUCUCGAGAGGCGUAUCUUUAACAAGCUGGAGUUUCUGAGGUAUAACAGCACUCUGAAUAAGUACAUCGGUUACACUGAGAUCGGAGUGUACAAUGCGGAGAAAUUCAACACAGACGGAGAAUCGGAGCGACAGCAUGCCUACCUGGACACAUACUGCAAGAUCGGCGCUGCGCUGUACUUUCAGCGCAUACUGUAUCAUACAGUUGAACCCACUGUCAAGGUCAAAACUGCAAAGGCCUCCAGUGAGCGGCACACCACAAAGCUGCAAUGCAGUGCAUAUGACUUCUACCCCGAAGGAAUCAAACUGAAGUGGCUGAGGAAUGGAGAGGAGGUGAAGGAUGGUGUGACUGCUACCGAGGAGCUUUAUGAUGGAGACUGGUACCACCAGAUCCACUCCUAUCUGGAAUUCACACCCCAGUCUGGAGAGACCAUAGAGUGUCAGGUGGACCACAGCAGCCUCAAGCAGCCCAAGACCUAUAAAUGGGACCCAUCAGUGCCUGAAGGGGUGAGAAACAAGGUGAUCAUUGGGACCUCUGGCUUGGUGCUGGGGCUCGUACUCUCCAUUGCUGGAUUUGUCUACUACAAGAAGAAGUCCACUGGGAGAAUUCUGGUACCUUCCAGUUAAGGUGCAAAAGAAGGGCCUGGAUUGUGGUGGUGUGUCUGAUUACUCAGGAUGAUCUGUGUUUUUGCCAUUAACAUUAUAUGUAUGAAUACAGUCUAAUGUAAAAUUCUAUGAUUCUAAAUGUCACCAGUUUUAAUAUUUUUAUAUGUAACAAAUAUUCCUGUAUUUCUAGACAAUGACUAAGGUUCUGUGCUGUAUAUGUGUCCUUUUUUAUAUAGGGUUUGAUGUCAUAACAGGUAAAUUUCAGUUUUGCAUUUUCAUUAAAAUCCAUAUUUAUUGGUACAUUGAUAUAGUACUGAUACAGAGUUUAAAGAAUGAACUCCUGUGUGAUGUAUUCACUGGUUCUUGUGAGGAGUCAGUACAUUGUGAUCAGAUUUACUGUUAAACAGCAGGUCUCAGCUAGAACCCACCAGUAAUAAAACACUGAAACAUGAAAACCAGAAUUACAUUAAAAGUUAUCUUUAAAAAUCAUUUGAGAAGUAGUCUCAAAUUCGGUAAAAAUAGUUUUAAAUUAUAUAACCAGAUAACUUUCCAUUGAAUACGAUAUAAUCCCCUUUCUUUAAUAAAAAAUUUAUCACAAAAGGACAUAAUCCCUUUUUUGCCAACAAUAUUUGUAUAUGUUGCACCAGUUUAGCAAUGCACAUUUGUUAUCUUUUGGUUCUGUAUAAAUCACUUUAAUCAGUAAUAAAAUUAUCACUAUUUAACAUUUAA